CUGAAGAGAGAAAGCGGCACUUGUUUAUUUUAGUACGAAUCGUCUCUCUUCGCGUCUCUUCGUCUCUGGUUGUGUAUGUGUGAUCGUGGACACAGUGCUUUUUUUACCUGUCGUCUAGUCACUCUCGAGAAAAGUGGUGCAAUGAAGCAGUCUUUUGACAGUUUAGACUCAGGUUUGGUUAAGAUUCCACUGGAAAAUGCACCUAAAGAAGUGGGAAGUCGUGUGAGGGGGACUGUAUUUGGUCCUGACUCCUACCAAGCGUCAAGUGAUGCUAGCCUAUUCUCUAGUUCCUUACCAGUUCUUCCUCAUAAAAAGUUGAAUUUGAAUGAUACUGAAAAUGAUUAUCAAUCUCUUGGCCUCUCAUCUGGUUUAGAUAAGCUUCAUCACAAUUUGGAGAGCAAUGAUCCACUUGAAGAUGUUGAAACCCAUACACCAGGAAUCUUGCUUCCUGAUGAUGAAAAUGAGCUUUUAGCUGGCAUAAUGGAUGACUUUGACCUAAGCAGGUUGCCCAAUUCACUGGAGGACUUGGAAGAUGGUGAUCUUUUUGGUAGUGGUGGGGGUAUGGAGUUGGAUAAUGAUCCACAGGAGAGCCUGAGUCUGGGUAUGUCAAAAAUCAGUCUAUCUGAUGCUAUUGUUACAAAUGGGAUGCCUCAUUACAGUCUUCCAAAUGGUGUUGGACCCAUAGCUGGGGAGCAUCCAUAUGGUGAACAUCCUUCAAGGACUUUAUUUGUUCGGAAUAUCAAUAGCAAUGUUGAGGAUUCAGAACUAAGAGCUCUAUUUGAGCAAUAUGGUGAUAUUCGAACCGUGUAUACUGCAUCUAAACAUAGGGGCUUUGUGAUGAUAUCUUAUUAUGACAUCCGUGCUGCACGAACUGCUAUGCGAGCGUUACAGAACAAACCACUGCGACGGAGGAAACUUGACAUUCACUUCUCCAUUCCCAAGGAUAAUCCAUCAGAGAAAGAUAUUAAUCAAGGAACUCUGGUAGUUUUUAAUUUGGAUCCAUCAGUUUCAAAUGAGGACCUCCGUCAAAUAUUUGGGGCUUAUGGCGAGGUUAAAGAGAUAAGGGAAACACCACACAAGAGGCAUCAUAAGUUUAUAGAAUUUUAUGAUGUUAGAGCUGCCGAAACAGCUCUUAAGUCAUUGAAUAGGAGUGACAUAGCUGGUAAACGCAUAAAGCUUGAACCUAGUCGCCCAGGUGGAGCUAGACGCAACUUGAUGUUGCAACUGAAUCAAGAGCUUGAACAAGAUGAAUCGCAUGGCUUUAGACAUCAAGUUGGUUCACCAAUAGCCAAUUCUCCACCAGGUAAUUGGCUGCAGUUAAACAGCCCUAUUGAACAUAAUCUUCUGCAUCCUAUCAGUAAGUCCCCUGGUUUUAGGGGCAUGAGCCCAACAACAAGCAACCAUAUAUCUGGGCUGGCUUCAAUUCUGCAUUCUCAAGUGUCGAACUCUUUGCAAGCUGCACCUAUUGGCAAGGACCAAGGAAGGGGUAGUCUUGUGGAGCAUGCAUUUACCAAUUCAAAUUCAAUCCAUGGAACUACCACUCAACAAUCUCAUUCAUUUCCAGAUCCAAAGUUGAGCAGCUUUUCAGGAACUAUGCCUACUUUUGGUCAACCAACUUCAAAUGGUUCUGGUAUGGAAACACUGUCUGGGCCACAGUUUCUCUGGGGAAGUCCUACUCAAUAUUCUGAACCUACCACCUCUUCAGGCUGGUCAACAUCUUCUUUGGGGCAUCCAUUCACAUCAAGUGGGAAGGCACGUGGCCUUCCUUACUCAGGUUUUCAGGGAUCUCUGCUUAGCUCAUCCCAGCCCCACCAUCAUGUUGAAUCUGCUCCAUCUCGUGUUCCUUUGGAGAGGCACUUUGGUUUCUUCCCUGACCCACCAGAUAAUUCAUUCAUGAAUCCCGUUGGUUUUGGAGGGAUGGGGAUCAGCCACAAUGAGAAAGGUUUUAUGCUGAAUAUGGCUGCACAUGCUGCUAUUAAUUCUGGCAUUAGUAUUCCAAGAAAUGUCUCUGAAAAUGGUUCAUCGAGUAUGAGAAUGAUGUCGUCGCCAAGGCUGAGUCCUGUGCUCUUGGGAAAUGGUCCAUAUUCUGGACUGAUUCCCACCAGCAUGGAAGCUUUCAACGAGCGUGGAUGGAGCAGGAGGGUAGAGAAUAAUAGCAACCAAGUAGAUAACAAGAAGCAAUUUCAGCUAGACUUGGAUAAAAUUAUUAGCGGUGAAGAUACUCGGACAACCUUGAUGAUAAAAAAUAUCCCAAAUAAAUACACCUCAAAGAUGUUGCUAGCUGCCAUUGAUGAAAAUCACCUAGGGACCUAUGAUUUUCUCUAUUUGCCUAUUGAUUUCAAGAACAAGUGCAAUGUGGGCUAUGCAUUUAUCAAUAUGCUGUCUCCUUCGCUCAUUAUUCCAUUUUAUGAGGCCUUUAAUGGGAAGAAGUGGGAGAAGUUCAAUAGUGAGAAAGUUGCCUCUUUGGCAUAUGCUCGAAUACAGGGAAAGGCAGCCCUCGUGACCCAUUUCCAAAAUUCAAGCUUGAUGAAUGAAGAUAAGCGCUGCCGCCCAAUUGUCUUUCAUUCAGAGGGCCAAGAGGGUAGUGACCAGUUCAUCCAGGAACGCAUUAACUCUGGUUUGAAUAUAGUUCACCACCCAAAUGGGUCAAACUCAAUGGAUCUUCUGGAAAUCAGUGAAAAGGAGGAUACUGACGAGAAGCCAGAGGGUAGUAGCUAACAUCAUAUUGAAACGGGGGCUUCAGGCGCUAACUAACGCGUAUAUAUAUUCAAUUGUAUAAACUUAGGAUGGAGGAACCAAGUGUAACAGGAUGCAGAUUUUGCAUAGUCUUACGAAGCUUCUCAAAGCAGCUGUGUAGGAGCUCUUCUGUUUUUUUCUUUUUCUUUUUUUUAAUGCACAGAUUGGCGUCUUGUGAUUUGAGGAUGGAAGGAGGACGAGGAGAAGCUCACAUGCAAAGUGAAUUUUACUUCUGCCGUGGAAUGCACUGUUUACUUCUCUGUUUUUGGGUCUUUUUUGACUCUUUUUUGGGUUUGAUGGGUCCCGGAAGUUGGCAUAAUUUUUGGGGGCUAUGGUCUCAAGUAUAGAUGAUCCUUCUGAAGAAAAUAUUGGAUAUUGACAUCAGUUACCAAAAAUUGUACAGUUUAACAGAUAAGAUUUCCAUGUCGAUCAAUCGUAUACCUAUUUUUGGAUUCCCGAAAUGCGGGCACUUGUCAACAUUAGAUUCAGCAUGAAAUGCAUUCCUUGUAAUUUCUUUGGGUAUUCCAGUGUUUUGUUAACAGCAUCAAGCUAUGUAUCAAGUUAUAGUAUCUAAUUAUUAACUGAGAUGAACAUGAAGCUGCAAGCACAGGAUUGGCAAAUUCC